AUGGUUCCCAGUGUUGUUCAAUCCGACGAUAUGGAUAACAUGGAAAUCCCAUUCCCGGCGAUGCGUGAGCGCCAGGAGGGCUCCCCUCCUCCCUUUCAAGACCCUCUUGCCCUUCUACGAAGUCUUCCUGAGCCCCCACUGGAAUGUCAAGUUUGCGUUGUUGGUGCAGGACCUGCUGGCCUGAUGCUGGCCGCAAACCUGACCAGGUACGGUAUCAACGUUGAAGUGAUCGAUGACCGAGCAGACCAGACGCCCGUUGGACGAGCCGACGGCCUACAGCCAAAAACAAUCGAGACCUUUAGACAAAUGCGACUUUCUGACACCUUAUUAAAACAAGGUGUCCGUGUUUUCGAUAUUGCUUUCUGGCGCAGCGAUGCGGACCAGCCUUUGCGCCGACUUGGGCGCGAAGUUCACUACCCACCAAUUAUCGACGUGCUGGAUCCAUACAUUCUUCUCGUUCAUCAGGGUAUGGUGGAAGGCCUUUUCCUCGAAGAUAUGAAGAAGCGUGGCAAGGAGGUUCGCAGAAACAUGGCUUUCGAGUCAUACAGUGUUCCGGACAACAAAACUGGCCCUCUUCAAGUCAACUGUCGUGCCAACGUCAACCAAGAUAAGCGUUCUGUUCUGACACAAUACUUGAUCGGAUGUGACGGUGCUCACUCCAAGGUUCGCAAGAGUAUUCCUGAUGUUAAGGCUGUUGGCAUGUCCCAGGCUGCCAUUUGGGGCGUUCUUGAUGGUGAACUGAUCACUGAUUUCCCUGAUAUCUGGUCCAAGACGUUGGUCUACUCACAAGAGCAUGGCUCAAUUUUAAUCAUUCCCCGAGAGAGGAACAUGACCCGAUUCUACAUCGAGCUGAAGGCCGGCGCCAAGUUUGACCGUCGAGAUCUCGGACAGGAGUUCAUGAUGAAGCGCGCCAAGAAGAUCAUGGCACCGUUCCGCUUAGACUGGAAGUACGUUGAGUGGUUCGGUCGUUACCAGGUUGGUCAGAGGGUUGCUAGUCGCUUCACUGAUGGCCAUUUAAGAGCGUUUUUGGCAGGCGAUGCCAGUCACACACAUUCUCCUAAAUCAGCACAGGGUAUGAAUACCUCGAUGCACGACUCAUGGAACCUAUCGUGGAAGUUGAAUUUGGCGGUUCGAGGUUUGGCUAAACCGAAUUUACUUGAGAGUUAUGAAGAGGAGCGCCGCAAAAUCGCCUUGGAUUUGGUUAACUUUGAUUAUGAGCAUGCAAACCAAAUUGCUGGCGGAGAUGCCAUUGCAUUGGCCGAAAACUUCAGGACCAACGUCCGGUUCAUUUCCGGUAUUGGUGCUGAAUAUGGUGAGAAUGCCAUCAACCGACCAGGAGUCGGCAACAACCAGUUCGUCAUGGGAGACGCCAAACCAGGCUGUCUUCUCCCUCCCGCCAAGGUUACUCGAUACAUCGACUCCAACCCUGUGGAUAUCCAGCUUGAUAUUCCCAUGCUUGGCCAGUUCCGUAUUUAUCUUCUUAUGUGGGAUGUCCAACAGUCAGCACCUUUCCUUCAGACUUUCUGCCAUGCUAUUGCUGGCGAAAAAUCCUUUAUUAGCAGACUUUCUGCUGCCGCAAGUGCUUCAUAUGCUGCGCAGCCUAGGGCUUCAGCUCCUGAGGAUGUCUACUCCCGUCCAGAACGAUAUACUGUUGUUAGCCAUCUCUUCACCUUUGGUCUUAUUACAACCAUGCCCAAGACGGAAAUUGAAAUUUCUGACCUUCCGCCUCUCCUGCAAGACAGCCGAUGGACAUUCUAUCUAGACGACAUUCCCGACCAGGAUACGCGCGGCUCACUAUGUACUAACAAGUGGCUUGGAAGCCUUGGCCCCGGCGAAGUGGCUAUUGUCAAUGUUCGCCCCGACGGUUACGUUGGUUCGAUAGGCCGAUGGGAUUCGAGCCUCGAUGAAUCUGGCGUUCAGGCGGCUCGAUGGCUUGACGAAUAUUAUGACGGGUUCAUGCAGAUCCCAAUGCAGUAA